AUGUCUCUUGCUAACAAGCUAUCCGUUAAGGACCUUCAAUUCACAGGUAAAAGAGUGUUCAUCAGAGUGGACUUCAAUGUUCCUCUUGAUGGAGACAAGAUCACCAACAACCAGAGAAUUGUUGCUGCCUUGCCAACCAUCAAGUACGUCCUGGAUCAGAAGCCAAAGGUUGUCGUUUUGGCUUCCCAUUUGGGCAGACCAAACGGUGAGGUCAACAAGAAGUUCACCUUGAAGCCUGUUGCCGGCGAAUUGGAGUCUCUGCUGGGUAAGAAGGUCACUUUCUUGCCAGACUGUGUUGGACCUGAGGUCGAGUCUGCUGUCAACAGCGCCACCGACGGUGCUGUCAUUCUUCUGGAGAACCUGAGAUUCCACAUUGAGGAGGAGGGCUCGAAGAAGACGCCAGAAGGAAAGGUCAAGGCCUCGAAGGAGGCCGUUGAGAAGUUCAGAAAGCAACUGACCGCCUUGGCCGACGUCUACGUCAACGACGCUUUCGGUACCGCCCACAGAGCCCACUCUUCCAUGGUUGGCUUUGAGCUCAACGAGAGAGCUGCAGGUUUCCUGAUGGCCAAGGAGUUGGAGUAUUUCUCCAAGGCUCUGGAAAACCCAGUCAGACCAUUCCUGGCCAUUUUGGGCGGUGCCAAGGUGUCCGACAAGAUCCAAUUGAUCGACAACUUGCUCGACAAGGUCGACAUCCUGAUCAUCGGUGGUGGAAUGGCCUUCACUUUCAACAAGAUCGUCAACAACAUGAACAUUGGAAAAUCUCUGUUUGACAAGGACGGUGCAGAGAUCGUUCCUAAACUGAUGGAGAAGGCAAAGAAGAAUGGCGUCGAGGUCAUUCUUCCUGUUGACUUCGUCACUGCCGACAGCUUCUCUCCAGACGCCAAGACCGGCUACGCUACUUUGGAGGAAGGUAUUUCUGACGACUGGCAGGGACUGGACGCUGGCGAGAAGUCCAGCAAGCUUUACGCCGACGCCAUUGCCAAGGCCAAGACCAUUGUCUGGAACGGACCACCAGGUGUCUUUGAGUUCGAGAAGUUCGCCAAGGGAACCAAGUCCAUGCUGGAGGCCUGUGUCAAGAGCGCCCAGGCUGGAAACACCGUCAUCAUUGGAGGUGGAGACACUGCCACUGUUGCCAAGAAGUUUGGUGGAGCAGACAAGCUGUCCCAUGUUUCUACUGGUGGAGGUGCUUCUCUGGAGCUUUUGGAGGGUAAGGAGUUGCCAGGUGUGGUUGCUUUGGGAAACAAGGCAUAA